CUCAUACGCUCGCUCCAGGACCCGGCACACCCGCAACAUUGUCAACUGUUCUAUUUUGCCUGUCUCAACGCCAUCAGCCCACACAAUGGUAGACUAUCGAAAAAGCAAUGGCCGCGGCGUCACCGCAUGCUCCUCGAUACUCUGAUGAGAUUUCUUUGCGCCCCGCGAGUCGACUUCGAACUUCGCAACGCGUACACGGCCGACUGUCGGUGUGACCUCUCGCUUCCUCUCGAAGCAAGGAUGCACCGCGUUCUGGUGCUUGGCACUACGGAGUUAUGGGAUUUCAUGGCGGAGAUCGUUGCGUACGCCAUGAACACGUAUUGGACGACUGCGAAUUCGCCCUCCGGGCGCUCACAUUUUCAAUCCGAUGAACACCCCCCGUGGCCAUCAUCACCAUCAGAUAUUAUACCCUAUGGUCUCGAGGCCACUUUGGACUCCUUGAUUGUGAUGAUUCAUAACCGCGUUUCGUCGUCCUUUCUCAUCAUCCGCGUCUUCGGGGCUAUCUUCGGCAAUGCCACAGUAACGGCCAUGUUGAUCAACCAUCCUCGUUUUCCCUCAACUCUAUCCCACUACUUCUCUAUCUGGCAAGGCGUCACUGCCAACGUCAUCCCGGACAGCUACGCAGUGGAGCAGAUCGUCGUUUCCUCAGUGAACGCCAUACACAAAUCCUUUAUGUUCGUCAUGGAUGUGUUCAGUGCCCCUCCACACGCACUGCGGAAGUUUGCAGAGCGCGCGGGCCCUCCUGUCGAUAAGUUUCUAGUGCAGUGGUCCCAACUGCUGGAUUUCUGGUUGCGCGCCCAGGCCUCUAUGCCCACCGAAGCGCUCCUUCGAAAAUACCCUGGCGGGACGCCGCUCGGCGAGAUGCUGGAUGACCUCCUCUCCGCAUACAGCUCGCUGGGCGCCAUCCUGCAUUCGGCGCUUGAACUCCCUCGGGACAAACGCCGGUAUCACGCGGCGAUCCUAAGCAUGAGCAAGUCGACGAGCUGGAUGCCCAUCAUCGCCCGUCUGGACGCGACCGCGCGCCAAGAUGCGGGAAGUUCGAGAUGCUUCGGGCCGGCGUGCACAGCGACGGAGGCUACGGCUGCGCGCAAAUUCCACGUGUGUGGGGGGUGCAACCAUAUGAAGUACUGUUCGAAGGAGUGUCAGAGACGGGCAUGGAAAGAUCAAAGAGCACCUCACAAACCGAUGUGCAAACUGAUACAAGAGCUGCAAGCUCGAGGGAUUGCUUCCCCCGUAUGGGCAGCGGAUAACAUCAUGCCAGCAAGUGACUCUGUCCCCGAGCUGCUUCCGGUGUUUCAAGCUCUGGCCGAUCACAUCUACCAACUGACUGCUUGAUGGACAUGCUUGAGUCGAAGACGAGGCUUAACCCCU